AUGUCACAAAUUACAACAUCUUAUACCUAUGAUGCACCCACGGACUACAUCAAUUUCACAUCUUUGAAUGAUGAAGAAGAUGAUAGCAGAAAUGUGGAUUCCUGGUUUGAAGAGCGGGCCAAUAUGGAGAAUACGUUUUUGGGGACAAAUGGAGCAGGAGGACUUUUUCAGAGUAAAACGCCUCUGAGAAAGAGUACUCAACAGCAAGCUGUUGUCACACCUCUGAGACCAGUUGACAACACUUAUUUCAAAGAAGCUGAAAAAGAAAAUGACUUGGAACAAUCCAUUCCACCCACCACUUGCUCUUCCCAGGAAGUAGGUAGAAGCACUUCAAAAAAGACUCCAUCCUAUCCUCAAAGGAGAUCUGUUAGACUCUCUGCGCGGAAGAAUUUAGAAGAAAAACACCAUGUAAAAAUGAAAGCCAAAAGAUGUGCUACUCCUGCAAUCAUGAAUGAGAUUCCACCUGCCAAGAAGAUGAGAGUGCAGAAGGUUCUUAAAAGUACUGAAGAGCAAGAGAUGGAGAAAAGAGCAAAAAUGCAACAGGAGGUGAUAGAGAUGCGAAGAAAGAAUGAAGAAUUCAAGAAAUUGGCCCUCGCAGGAACAGGGCUACCUGUGAAGAAGUCUGUCAGCCAGGUAACCAAGUCAGUUGACUUCCACUUCUGCACAGACAAGCGAAUCAAACAACAAAACAACCCAGAGUACAAGGAAGUGAACUUUGUAUCAGAACUGAGAAAGCAUCCUGCUUCACCGGCCCAAGUGAAUAAGGGAUGUACUAUUAUUAAGCCUUUCAACCUAUCCCAAGGAAAGAAAAGGACUUUUGAGGAAACCUCUUCUGAAUAUGUGCCCCUUGCACAGCAGGUCAAAGACUUCCAUAAUCGGACCCCUAACAGAUACCACUUGAGGAACAAGAAGGAUGAAAUGUGCCUGUUACCCUCCAAAUGUACCGUGCCCAAGAUCUGCCGAGACCCACAGACUCCAGUCCUACAAACCAAACAGCGCGCAAGGCCUGUGACCUACAAAAGCGCAGUCGAUCAAGAGGCUGAGUUGGUUGAGGAACUUAAACAAUACAAAUUCAAAGCACAAGAGCUCAAUCCUAGGAUUCUUGAAGAUGGACCUAUCCUGCCCAAGAAGCCACCAGUGAAGCCCCCCACUCAGCCGAUUGGCUUUGACUUGGAAAUUGAGAAGAGAAUUCAGGAGCGCGAGUCAAAGAAAAAAUCAGAGGAAGAGCACUUUGAAUUUCAUUCCCGACCUUGUCCUACGAAGAUCUUGGAAGACGUUGUGGGAGUUCCUGAGAAGAAGAUAUAUCCGGUUACCGUCCCCAAGUCCCCAGCCUUUGCACUGAAGAACCGGGUUCGCAUGUUCAACAGAGAAGAAGAGGAAGAAGAGGAGCAAGUAGUGAUAAAAGCUCAACCUAUGCCACAUUAUGGGGUUCCAUUUAAACCCCAGAUCCCAGAGGCGAGAGCUAUCGAAGUGUGCCCUUUCUCUUUCGAUUCUCGGGACAAAGAACGUCAGCUCCAAAAGGAGAAGAAAAUCAAAGAACUGCAGAAGGGAGAGGUGCCCAAGUUCAAGGCCCUUCCUCUGCCCCAUUUCGACACCAUCAACCUGCCAGAGAAGAAGGUGAAAACGGCAACGCAGGUUGAGCCUUUCUCCUUAGAGACUGACAGAAGAGGAGCUGUGAAGAUGCAGACCUGGAAACACCAGCUGGAGGAAGAACUGAAACAGCAGAAGGAAGCCGCUUGCUUCAAGGCUCGUCCAAACACUGUCAUCUCACAUGAGCCCUUUGUUCCCAAGAAAGAAAAGAAGACAGUUGCCGAAGCCCUUGCUGGUUCUCUAGCUCAGGAACCUUUUCAACUGGCCACGGAGAAGCGAGCCCAGGAGCGGCAGGAGCUGGAAAAGAAAAUGGCUGAGGUCGAAGCCCAGAAAGCCCAGUACUUGGAGGAGAUGCGGCAGCAGGAGGAAGAGCAAAGGAAGGAGGAGCUGGCACAGUUUCGGAAAGAGCUGGUACACAAAGCAAACCCAAUACGUAAGUACCAGCCUGUGGAGGUCAAGUCAAGCGACCAGCCCCUGACUGUGCCUGUGUCUCCCAAGUUCUCCACACGAUUCCACUGCUGA